UCGUCUGUGAUCAGAACUGUCACGCGAAUGCAGAGUGUGCACUAACUGAAGGCAGCUUUACCUGUACAUGCAAUACAGGCUACACCGGAAAUGGCAUCAGAUGUGAUGGUGAGGACGUGAUUAUCGAGAUUAGCUAAAAUCAUGUUAAUGAGUGUGAGUUGGACCCUAGUGUCUGUGAGCUUCGACUGUGUGUCAACACUGAGGGGAGUUAUGAGUGUACAUGUCCCACUGGCUACAUGUGGAAUGAAACAGUGUGCAAUGAUAUGGAUGAGUGCCUGGGAGAGGUAUCAAAUGAUUGCAGUGCAGCUGCAGACUGUAUAAACACUGUUGGGAGCUACAGUUGUCACUGCAAGCCAGGAUAUGGAGGAGAUGGCACCAAUUGCUCAGAUGUUGAUGAAUGCAGUGUGAGAUCCCAUGACUGUAGCAAGAAUGCCGAGUGUCUAAACAUUGAGGGAGGCUACAACUGCCAGUGCUCAAUUGGGUACACAGGCAAUGGAAGAAUCUGUGAAGCCCUGCCAGAUGUUAGAGAGCCAGAGGAACAGAAAACUAGUGAAAAUGGCUCUAACUUGGGACUCAUAUCAGGAGUGACAGCAGCAGGGUUCCUGGUUGUUGCUACUCUACUGAUAAUUGGAUUCCUUUGUGCUCUUAAAAUUAGAAAACACUCAAAGUCUAUGAAGGUUCCUCUAUCUAUCAAUGUUGCCUUCGGUAAUGAGGACUGCAACACUGGAAGAGCUAAACCUGAUGCUAUCACCACAAGCAGCAAUGAGGCUUAUCACCUAGUGACCCACAGUGCAAGAGCUGAACCUUCUAUCAACACAAGUAGCAAUGAGGCCUACAACUUAGUGAACCUGACUACUAGAACUGAAUCUAAAGCAAUCACUACAAUCAGCAACGAGGCAUAUGAUAUAGUGACUCCCAGUGCAAGAGCUGAAUCUGUCAGGGUCACCACAAGCAGUAAUGAGGCCUACAACGUAGUAAACCUGACUACUGAAUCUACAGCUAUCACUACAAACAGCAAUGAGGCUUAUAACCUAGUGACUCCCAAUACACGGGCUGAAUCUGAUACCAUCACUACGAACAGCAACGAGGCUUAUCCUAGAAUGACGCAUGCUUCCAGAGCUGAAUAUGACUAUGUCACCACUAACAAAUGCUUCACAAACCCGUUUUUCUACUGAUAAUAAUGGUGAAUACACAACAGUAGGUAUGUGAGGGAGUAGACUUAUCACGCAUGCAUUAUUAUGUUACCUGUAAUUACGUCAUUAUUCUAGAGCUUUCUGUAGUCAUGUCAUCUGUACUGGGAUUAGUCAGUAGCACGUGGUAGGACGUGGGUCGUCAGUCAGAGAGUUUUGUAUCGUGUGUCAGUAUGUCUGUUGCCGAUCGUGGGUGGAGUCUGUGGGUGUCACAGGUGCCUGUAUCCUCACUUAAUAUAA